AACUUCUGAUACAUCUCCCUUCACAGUUGCUGUUCCUGGUCGUUGAUUUCACCAACUCGGCUCCUAUCCAAUACAAUAUUGUAGUUCAUUAUUAUCCGAAAGAUUAAUUAGUAAGAAAAGCUAUGACGUUUUUCCUUAGUUUUUCAUCAAAUGGUCAAGGUUAAACAACUUGGGUUGCAUAAUGAUAUUGGCUUGAUCGAUCCCUCAGAAGGCUCCACCUGCAAAAUUGGAAUGACAUCCUCAACCUGUUUCCUUCUUUUAUUCCUUCUGCUCCUUUCAUCCUCCACAAGUGGUGUUCAACAUCAUGAAGAGGGUUUCAUCUCUAUCACCAUAUCUGAUAAGGGUCUCGAUUUUGCCAAGGAUAUUCUGAUAGACCAAGCUGUUGACUCUAUUACUCUGUCUCAAUUGCCAGAUAUUGAGGAGACUGUUCAAGUCCCUCUUGUUGGAAAAGCCAGAGUUGUUCUUUCUGAAAUCACUAUCAAUGAUAUCCAAGUAAAUUCUUCAUCUGUUAAUACAGGAGAAACAGGCAUUGCUGUUGUUGUUUCAGGUGCCACAGCUAACUUGAGUUUGAAGUGGAGGUACUCUGCCAGCAGUUGGUUAGUCCCAAUUGGAAUUUCUGAUAGUGGAACUGCAACUGCAAAGGUUAAUGAUUUGCAAGUUGGACUUACUGUGAAUUUAACGAAUCAAGAAGGAACUCUUAAGCUGCUUCUCCUGGAUUCUGGAUGCCAUGUUAGAGAUUUAUCCAUAAAGUUACAUGGUGGAGCAGCUUGGCUUUACCAAGUGCUAGUAGAUGCUUUUGCAGGAAGUAUAGCAUCUGGAGUUGAAGAGGCAGUUUCUGAUCAAAUAAAUGAGGGGAUAUCAACUCUUGAUGUUUUGUUACAAUCUCUUCCAAAGACUUACCCAAUAGACGAAACAGCUGCUCUAAAUGUUUCUUUCGUGAACAAUCCUGAGCUAAGUGAUUCUGCUAUUGAAUUAGAAAUUAGUGGUUUAUUCAUAGGAAGGAAUGAAAUUUUGUCACCUCAAGGUUACCACAGAGGUUCAGACGUUUCUGUUUCCCGUGCCAACCCUUCGCCAAAGAUGAUAACAAUUUCAUUACAUGAAAAUGUUUUCAAAUCCGGUUCCUUGGUUUACUUCACUGCAGAUACUUUGAAAUGGACUGUUGAUGAACUGCCUGAUCAGAACCUUCUGAACACUGCUGAAUGGAGAUUCAUUAUUCCUCAGUUAUACAAGCAAUAUCCAAACGAUGACAUGAAUCUUGAUGUCUUUGUGUCUUCUCCACCGGAUAUACAAGUGACAAACAAAGAUGUUGUUGUCCAAAUUUCCAUAGAUAUAAUACUUAAUGUUCUGGAAGCUGGUGAAGUCGUACCUGUUGCAUGCAUCUCGGUGGAUUUUAGUGCAUCUUGUGCUGCGGAGAUCAUAGGAAACAAUCUUGCUGGUUGGCUUAAAUUGAAAAAGUUUUCGACAUACUUGAAAUGGAGUAAAAUAGGGAAACUGCACGUGAAUCUGNAGAAUAUUAUUCACUCUUUAUCUUGGAGUACUUUGUAUACACACUGGCCGAGUAAAGUGUUACCGAAUUACAAAUUGUUAGGGUUGACUUCUAGCCAUUUUAAAAUUUAUAUUAACCAUGGUUUCUAAUUGGUUGACUGUGUAAAAUUAAACUCUUUUCCUUUUUUUCUGGAGUUGCACCAAUUUGUUUCACGGCUUAUAAUUUGCUUUAUAGCAUUGUGCUCUAACUAAGAAAGUUUGAUCUUGAACUAACCUGAAGUUGGUUAUUCUGAUGAGAAUCGGUUCGGCUGGCUGUGGUUAUGGCUGAAAUUUCAUUCACAAGACAUGUGUUUCAGUGUCUGAUAGCCUAAAACCUUUGUCAGUGAUGCACUUUUUUCGCAAAUAAUUUUGUUUGUACUGCUUAAUCUGUUAUAUUCCUCAUUCUGUUGUGCUGUGCUAUGUUGGAAGGUUAAUGAUUUGCAAGUUGGACUUACUGUGAAUUUAACGAAUCAAGAAGGAACUCUUAAGCUGCUUCUCCUGGAUUCUGGAUGCCAUGUUAGAGAUUUAUCCAUAAAGUUACAUGGUGGAGCAGCUUGGCUUUACCAAGUGCUAGUAGAUGCUUUUGCAGGAAGUAUAGCAUCUGGAGUUGAAGAGGCAGUUUCUGAUCAAAUAAAUGAGGGGAUAUCAACUCUUGAUGUUUUGUUACAAUCUCUUCCAAAGACUUACCCAAUAGACGAAACAGCUGCUCUAAAUGUUUCUUUCGUGAACAAUCCUGAGCUAAGUGAUUCUGCUAUUGAAUUAGAAAUUAGUGGUUUAUUCAUAGGAAGGAAUGAAAUUUUGUCACCUCAAGGUUACCACAGAGGUUCAGACGUUUCUGUUUCCCGU